AUGAGAUUAGUUUCCAAGUAAUCCAAAAUGGCCGAUCAAAGCAUGGUCGAAAAAGGAAAAGAAGACACCUCAGCUAUCAGGAGAAAGACUUUGUUUGUGAGAAAUUUACCGUUCACUACAACAGACAAACAACUUGAAGAUGCCUUUGGUAACUAUGGACCAAUCAAGAGAUGUUUUGUUGUAAAGGACAGAGAUAAGAGCAAAGGUUGCAGAGGAUUUGGUUAUGUAGUAUUUGCAAUAUCAGAAGAUGCAGCUAAAGCACUCGAUACUGAGAUUGUUGUUGGUGGCAGGAAGGUGUCGGUAUCACUUGCAGAUAAGAAACCCAGACAGAGAGAUAACUAUAAACCUAAGAAUGCUGUUGACGAAGAGGCAACUUCAGAGAACAAAGACGAAAACAUAGAGGUACCUGCAGUUGAUGACAAAAAAGUUGUGAAAGAGACUAAAACUACAAAAAAGCAUAUGGAAGGGGAGCAGGAAGAAGCAAGAAGGACCAUUAUAAUAUCUAAACUUCCAGAUAAAUUUACAAAAACCAAAUUGAAGCUUCUUUGCUCGAAACAUGGAAAGGUCCAGAAGAUACAACAUCCUGCCCCAAACAAAAGCAAAGAUACAUCAAUAGUCACUUUUAAAUCUGUAAAGGGGGCUGUUCGGGCAUUUCAGAAAAUCAAUGGAAGUAAAAUUGAUGAAAACAUCCUUUAUUCUUGCCUAUUAACAAAAGAAGGGAAGCAGCCAUCGCGGAAAGUGCUAGAUAAGUCCAGAUUGAUUGUUAGAAAUAUUGCAUAUAAGUGUAAAGAGGAUGACUUGAGCAAUGCCUUCAGUAAAUAUGGAACAAUCACAAAGAUUGAGCUGCCUUCAAAAAUGGAUGAAAAGGGUCGUAAGCGAAUGAUGGGUUUUGCAUUUUUGCAGUUUAUUAGAUCAGAAGAUGCUAAUUCAGCUUUAAAGGCACUAAAUAAAACACAAUUACUUGGUCGACCAAUGAUUAUUGACUGGGCAGUACCGAAAGAAGAGUUUUUAGCCAAAAUUGAAACCGUAACAGAACAGACGGAAAAAGAAAAGGCUGUUGGAGGCAAGAACACAGGAGACCAAAGGACAGUUGAUGACGACAGUGGUGGUGAUGAUGACAUUGAUAGUGAGGAUGAUGAUGAUGAUGCAGAAGACAACAGUGUUGAUGGCUCUGAUGUCAAUGAUGAUGAGGAAGAAGAAGAGGAUGAUGAGAGCGACGUAGAAGACAGCAAUGAUGAAGAAGAUUCGGAUAAUGAUGACAGCGAAAUUGAGAGACAGAUUUCAAAGGCUGCGAAGAAGCAAUCACAUGAUGCAAAGGAAGGCAGGACAGUAUUUAUAAGGAACUUGCCAUUUGAAACAGAAGAAGAGGAGCUUGUUGAAUUGUUCAGCAAAUUUGGUCCCGUCGAUGACUGCAAGUUGGUUGUGGAUAGAGAAACUGGACAUAGUCGUGGGACGGCCUUCGUUAAGUUCAAAGAUGUCAGCUCAACAGAUGCAGCUGUAUCCGCAUCGGAGGACACUGACUCAAAGGAAGAAGGUAUUAAAUUUAAUGGACGAAGACUGUUUAUUGUCAAAGCAGUUACUCGUGGCAAAGUGAAGGAAAUCGAAAAGGAGAAAAAGGAUGCUAAGAAGGAGCCUAAAGACAAACGAAACGUAGCAUUGGCAACAGAAGGGGUAAUAUUCCCUAACUCAGAGGCUGCAAAGGAGCUUAGUGAGGCAGAUAUGAAGAAAAGAGAAAAAGCAUGGGCGGAUAAAAAGGCCAAAUUGAAAAAUCAAAAUUAUUUCGUCUCAAAAACCAGGUUGAGUAUACGCAAUUUACCUUUAUCUACAACUGAAAAUGAACUGAAGAAAGCGUUCUCAAAUGCUGUCAACAAGAAGGGGAUCAGAAUAAAGAAGGUAUUGAUAAUGAGAAAUAAGGAAAGAGUUGAUCAGACUGGGACGUUUCGCUCUCUUGGCUAUGGGUUCAUGGAACUGGACACCCAUGAGCAUGCUUUAGCAAUGUUAAGAGCAACCAAUAACAAUCCAAGUGUUUUUGAGGAUAACAGAAGGCUUAUUGUGGAGUUCUCUGUCGAGAAUAAAGCCGCUUUGGAUGUGCAAGAAAAGCGACGCGAGAGACAAAAACACAAAGCUGUGUCUGCAAGGAAUGAUGAUUCUGAGUCGGCUGGUGGGGAAAAAUUCAAGGGGGGAGAGGGAAGGACUGAGGGUCAAGCAGCAGGUCAACAAAAAUUUCAGGGAAAGGGGAAUAAAGAGAAAAAUUGGAAAGAUAGAAAAAAUAUUGGAAAUAAGAAGAAAAGAUUUGAAAAACGAGAAAAUGAUGUUAGUUUUGGGGGGUUAGGAGUAAAGCCAAAGGAAAACAAGAAGUCAACAUCAGCUGCAGAGAGAGAAGUUAGAGGAGGCAAAGGUAAAAGUGGGAAUGAAAAGGCAAAAACUGAAAAGAAACGUUUUGUUUCUAGUAAUGAAGGUAAACACCAAGGCGGAAGUCGAAAGCGGAAGGGACAACCUGAUGCAGAUAAUGAGAUGAUAUCGGGGAAGGGUAAGAAAGAGAAGAAACGAAGAACUGAUUUUGAGGAGCAAAAAUUUUCUUCCUUGGUAAACAAAUACAAAGAGAAACUUUUCGGAGGACAUGAUUCAUUAAAGAAGGCCUCAGCUAAGAGGUGGUUUGAGUAAUAGCGUUGCUUUUACAGAGUAUUAUGUAUUUUAAUUGAUUUUACUGGAUAAAGCACUUUCAACUGUUUAUCUUCAGAAAUUUCUGUGAUCCUUAUCAACAAUUUGUGUCAUU